GAGUGAAGGUUGAUGAAGAGAUUGAUCAAGGCAAAUUACAUAUGAUCCUCAAGAAAUAGGGGAAGGGCUGCCAUUGGUCUCCUUUUGAGCAUUGGGGCUAUUGAUUUGCAUAUUAUCAGCAACUGGGACUGUAAUUUAAUAGGGUUUUAGGUCUUCCGGUUUGCCUGUCGUCAAUUGGGCACGAAGGAGAUUGACCGCAAGUGUAAAACUUCCAUUCUUGUUGAACCGAGUUCCGUCGUCAUCUCAGUUCCGAGGUUCAACCCUAGUAAAAUCAACAAAUCUCUUGCUGUAGGGUUUUAAGGUGAUGGAGACUGUACCUCUCAGGCACCCACCUCAGGUUGUCCCUUCAUCAUCACAAGCCUUAGGACAUCAAGAACAACUUGAGAAACCUCCCAAACAAUUCCCAACAUACCUUGAUACCCAUAAUUUAUCUCCAAGAGCAAGAAUUCUCUGUGAGAUACUCGCUAGGGUUGCUCCAGCGGAGGUCGAGACCGCAAUAUCCGCCACAGGGAUGAGCCCAGAGCCUGAGGUUGUAGAAGAAGUGAUCAGGCUGUCUUAUGGAUGUCCUGCUGCCGUUGUGACAUUUUUCAGAUGGGUGGGUUUGAAGCAGAAGCAUUCGCCUUUAUCCUGGAAUUUGAUGGUGGAUUUGCUUGGGAAGAAUAAGAUGUUCGAGCCAAUGUGGGAUGCUAUUAGGUCAAUGAAGCAAGAGGGAGUUUUAUCGCUGACCACUUUUGUUUCUGUUUUUGGGAGCUAUUGUGAGGCUGGGAGGUUCAAUGAAGCUAUAAUGACGUUUGAGGUGAUGGAAAAGUAUGGGGUUCAACCCGAUGUUGUCGCUGUUAACUCUCUUUUGAGUGCCAUAUGUCGUGAGGAUUUUCAGAUGGCAAAAGCAGUGGAGUUCUUUCAAAAAACCAAGACUGUAAUACCACCAGAUGGUGAUUCAUAUGCUAUUCUGUUGGAAGGGUGGGAGAAAGAAGGGAAUGUGGGUAAGGCGAAAACUAUGUUUGGGGAGAUGGUGAUUCGUGUUGGAUGGAGUUCGGAAAACAUGGCGGCUUAUGAUGCUUUCUUGAACACUCUAAUUCAAGGUUCAGAAGCUGAUGAGGCCCUUAAGUUUCUUCAGGUGAUGAAGGGGAAGAACUGCUUACCAGGCUUGAAAUUCUUCUCUAAUGCUCUUCAGAUUCUUAUUAGGCAGAAUGAUUCUGUUCAUGCUCUCUCACUAUGGGAUAUGAUGGUGAAGAGUGGAUUGAUCCCAAGUUUGAUUAUGUAUAAUGCCAUGAUUGGUUUGCUUUGCAACAACGAUGAUAUUGUUAAUGCCUUUCAACUGCUCGAUUCAAUGCCUUUCAAUGGAAUUUUUCCGGACCCUCUAACCUAUAACAUAAUCUUCCAAUAUCUGAUUACAAAGAAGAAGGUGCGGGAAGCAGGGAAGUUUUUCUUUGAGAUGAUUAAGAAUGAACAGCCUCCAACCCCUAUAAAUUCUGCCGCUGCCAUCUCAAUGUUCUUCGACCGUGAUGAUCCUGAGAUGGCAUUGGAGAUUUGGUUGUAUAUGAAGAAGGAAGGUGUUUCUCCCCUGGAUGAUAGUGCCAAUGCUUUACUUAAUGGGCUUGCUAGUAUGGGCAGGCUGACAGAGUUGAGGAGGCAUGCUGAUCAAAUGCUUCAUACAAGAAUUAAGAUCUACGAGUCUACAAUGGAGAAGUUGAAGAUUGCUUUUCGUAAAGAGGGUAGAAAUGGAUCCGACAUAUUUGAUGAUCUUGAUAGGAAAUGGAGAUCUUCGUAGAAGUCUUUCUAAUGAUUUAGGUUUUUUAAAUACAUGGAUGGAAGAACUUUCUUGAUUCAUGAACGGGUAUAGUUUUUAAUGACUUGUCACCUGCGUUAUCUGUUUUUUUCAUAGAAGCAGUUGUUCUCUCUUAAUUAUUCAUCUUUUCUUCAUUUCGGGUUUGAACUUCAUGAUUUACUUCUGUGGUCUCUGUUCAUUGCUUCUUUCCAUCUCGGCCUUGCCUAAAAACUCGACCAGAAAUUAGCUUCUUUGCUGCAAAACACCGUCUUUGGCAAACAUGACGUAAUAUGCAGUGGUUUUACAGGGAGCAGGAUUUCACCUUGGAGUCCAAAGUCUUGGACAAGAAUGCCCUUCUCGUUUGACUUUCUUAAAUCACGUGGACCCUGUCAAGAUGUUGAGUUGUGCUUAUAGCUGAUAUGAACGCUUUGUAUUUCCCUAUAUGUUGUUAACUAUAAUUACCAUGGUCAUAUAUGUACCGAGGUUGAGGUGGACUCAAUGGUCCUACACUGCUUCGAGGGUAAGUAAGUGACUAAGCUUAAUUAUGACGUAAGGCCUAGAGUGCAUGCCUCUUAUUAUUGCCCACAUGUAGAGACUGAAUGA